CAAAAUUAAUAAGUAAUAUUCAUGCUGAAAUAAAAUAUUGAAAAAUAUGAUUUAAGCUAUCCAUAACUCUUUUUUUUUACUAUCGCGUUUUGAACACAUAUUAACUCACAUUUAUAGACGGGUGUAACGCGAAAUUUAUUCAAUUAAGUACCUUUAUUUACCGUCAAAUGUUUGCACAAAUCUCUGUUUUGACAUUUUGCUGGGACAUCAGUUAGCCGCGACCACGACCAGUGAAACCUGUGUCGAAACGUCGGUAAAUAAAGGUAAUUGAAUAAAUUUCGCGUUAGACCCGUCUAUAAAUGUGAGUUAAUAUAUCCAUAACUCAUUUUGAAGACUUUAGUAUAAAAAAAUAAAUGGCAAAGAAUGUUGUUAUCGUAUUGGUCAUAAUUCUAACUUCAGUCUAUUACUCCACGGCGGUUUCAGAAGACUGCGCACUAGCAGGCAUACCAAAUAAAAACGCCAACCCACCGAAAAACGUAAACCCACCGAAAAACGGCAACCCACCGAAAAACGUCAACCCACCGAAAAACGUCAACCCACCGAAAAACGUCAACCCACCGAAAAAUGUCAACCCACCGAAGGAAAUCAAUGCUCGCCGGCAGCAGGAGGUCACUCCGGGCAAGCUAAGUCCCGAUAUCAAGUACAAGUUUGGGAUAACAUACCCCAAGCACCUGCCAACUCACCAUGGUUAUUCGGUUGAUACAAAAACCUUAAAAACACCCCCAACAAACUUCUUCCCCAUGGGAUCUUCACGGUACACAAUCACGAUGUUCCCCAUUCCACAUAUGUACUUGCACCCAGAAUCUAAAGGAAUCAGGAACUGCAAUUUUCUCGUCAGAUCCUGUAUGAAGGUAUAUGACACCGGCUCCAUUUGCGCUCACGGACUUAAUGGAGUAAAGUUAACAUUCACCAAUUACUGCGCAAUGGAAUUCGCUAACUGCAGCUUUAAAUAUGACAUAUGGCAACUGGCUUUCUUUGGGAAUUGCUACGUACAACCACUGAAUCAAGAAACUGAAGACAUGGACAUAGAAGGAGAAAACUUCUUAGAAGCUGCAGUUAUCAAUGCGCCUCCUUACGACCCCUUGACGGGGCAAGCAGAAAUAUUAUUUAGACUUUAAUUUCACAGAUAAGGCCUUUCCAUAAUGGGACAUCUACUAAGCACGCUUGUAGGACAUGGUACAGGAGCUCUUCUAAGAAACUAUGCUACUAUUGUCUCCUGGCUGAUGGGACAGAAUAACAACAAGAAAUAGUUGAUCAACCCAUUUACUAAUUAAUACACAACAAAAAACA